UGGUGGACUGAUGACAGGCUGCAUGUUGGAGUUUUAGUGUUUUGGCUUUGCCCCCUGGCCCGACCUACGCCUUGGCUUCACCCUGUGUGAAGAAGGCGAUAAGUUCGAUUUAUCGUGGCGAAGAAAGGCUGUCGGUAGGAGUAGGCUUUUCUCCUUCUUCAAUUCGUGUUCCUGUCGUCAACAAACAGUAUUUUGGGAGCCAUCGUACGAGUUUGUACCAGGGCACGCUACGCAGUUUCAUAGUUUUUGACAGAGCUGUGCCUGGUUCUCCUCGCUGCAUGAGGAGACAGGGAAGAGACGGCCGUAAUGAAUUUACGACAUCUGAACACGCUGCUUGAAGCUCAGGCUGGAGCAGCACGAAUAACUUGCCUUGCUUGGUCACCGAACAAUCUCAAGCUUGCAGUGGUUCUGAACAAGAAGACAAUUGUUUUGUUCGAUGAGAAUGGAGAGCGAAGAGAUAAGAUAUCUGCCAAGGCCUCAGACAAGAACUGCAAAGUCUUCCAAAUCCAAGGCAUUGCUUUCAACCCGGCAUCAAAUUGUCUUGCCACUGGGCAAACAGACAACUGCGUGUUUGUGUAUCGUAUUGGUGAUGCAUGGGGCGAGAAGAAGGCACUCAUUCACAAGUUUUCCCAGUCUAGUCCCGUGACGUGCCUGAUAUGGCCAGCACAGCAGCAGAACUUUGUCUUCUUUGGUCUGAUGGAGGGAAAGGUACGUGUUGGUGAUCUGAGCCGUAACAAGUCCUACACGCUCUACAACACCAAGUCCUAUGUGUGCUCCAUUGUGGCAAGCUCAAACGGUGAAUCCAUCCUGACUGGCCAUGCUGAUGGCUCUAUCCAUCGCUACAUGUUCGACAGUUCCGGUGGUGGUGCAGGACAUAGUGCUGGCCGUGUUCUGACGCACACAUGCCCGCCCUACGCUCUCUCCUUCGCGUCCAACUGCGUGCUUGCUGGCGGCUGUGACAGCAAGCUCAUUGUUUAUGAUAUGGAUGGCCGUGUGUUGCAGAAUUUUGACUACAGUCGUGACGGCAGCGGCGAACGUGAGUUCUCCUGUGCUGCCACCAGCCCUAAUGGACAGACGGUGGUGUUUGGAAGCUUCAACCGCUUGCGUGUGUUAGGUUGGAAAGCCGGUCCACAGAUGUGGGAGGAGGCUAAGGCUAAGGAAGUGGAGAAUCUCUAUACGGUCACGUGCAUGUCGUUCAGAGCUGAUGGAUCACGCCUUGCAUUGGGCUCGCUGUGUGGCGCAGUGGAGCUGUAUGACUGCUGUCUACGCCGUACUAUCUACAAGAACAAGUUUGAGCUGACCUAUGUCGGUGUCAGUCAGGUGAUUGUGAAGAGGCUAUCAACUGGUGCCAGAGUGAUACUACAGUCACUGACUGAUAGCGCUUUGGAUCGUAUUCAAAUCAUGGGAGGGGAUCGUUACAUUGUUGCCUACACGCCGUCCACUCUGAUCGUCGGUGACAUGGAGGAACAGAAAAACAGUGAGAUUCCCUUCAACUCAACUGGCAGUGAGAAGUUCUACUUUGAGACAGAGAAGGUGUGUAUGAUCUUCAAUGCUGGAGAGCUGAUGCUACUGGAGUAUGGCUCCAAUGAGAUCCUGUGUGCUGUUCGUACUGAGCUUAUCAACCCACACCUUGUCAGUGUGAGGUUGAAUGAGCGAGCAGUGCGUCACCAGGGUGACAUGAAGUUCAUGGCGUAUCUGGUGGACUGGAAGACUAUCUCCAUCAUGAACUUGAGUUCAUGUCGCGAAGUCGCUACUCUCAGUCAUAAUGUCAAGAUUGAUUGGCUGGAGUUGAAUGAGACCGGUACCAAGCUGUUGUUCCGUGAUAAACGCUUGAAGCUAUGGGUGUAUGAUGUGGAUUCACAAGUCAAGACCGGCGUUGUCAGCUACUGUACCUACGUACAGUGGGUACCUCAGAGUGAUGUAGUAGUUGCACAAAGCAGAUCCACACUGUGCGUUCUCUACAACAUUGACAGACCCGAUCAGAUUACUCCGUUGCAAAUCAAGGGUGACAUACUGGACUUGAGCAGGCAGAAUGGCAAAACACAGGUGUUGGUAUCGGAGGGUAACACUACGGUGUCCUAUGACCUGGAUGAAGGAUUGAUUGAGUUUGGCACAGCCAUGGAUGAUGGUGACUAUAACAGGGCGGUGGCAUUCUUGGAGAAUCUGGAGCUGUCACCGGAGACCAUUGUCAUGUGGCGCCAGCUCAGUGACUACUCUUUCGCUGAUCAUCAAUUGGCUGUAGCGAGGCGUUGCUUUGCGGCCAUGGGCGACAUUGACCAAGUGGAGUACAUUGACAAGGUGCUGGCCACGGCCGAGGCAGCUGCCAUUGAGCAGGGUGGUGGUGACGGCAUGCAGCACUAUGAUGUCCAGGCACGCCUUGCUGUCAUGGGUGGUCACUAUCAACUGGCUGAGAACCUAUAUCUCACUCAGGGUAGAGUGGAUGAAGCUAUGCAGAUGUACCGCAGUGUACACAAGUGGGAUGAAUCGUUAGCUGUGGCUGAGCGAGAGAGCCAUCCAGAAUUGGACUCCAUUCGUUCUAAAUACUUUGAGACCUUGAUUGAAACAGGUCGCGAAGCCAGAGCCGCUAAGCUGAAAGAAGAAGAGAAUGACCUUCGCACAGCUGCUCAGUUGUACUUGAAAGCAGGAUUGCCAGCUCGUGCAGCCAAGCUAGUCAUCAGCAGUAGUGACUUACGCACUCAGAGUGACAUGGUUGAGAGGAUUGGAGCAGCACUGAUGGCCGGUGGACUGUGUGAGAGGGCGGGAGAGCUUUGGGAGAGUGUUCAGCAGUUUCAGCGAGCAUUGGAAGCUUACCGCAAGGGUCAUGCUUACGCCAAAGCUGUUGAUCUGUGCCGACAAGCGUUUCCCAACGAAGUCAUCCAGCUGGAAGAGGACUGGGGCGAUCAUCUCUGCCAUAUCAAGAAGAUGGAUGCGGCUAUUCCGCAUUACAUUGAAGCUGGUCGUAAUGUGAAGGCUGUAGAAGCAGCACUGCAUGCCAAGCAGUGGCACAAGGCUGUGCUCAUUCUCAACACUCUGGAUGCUGAUGUCGCCAACAGGUACUACAUUCAAGUGGCCGAUGCCUACAGCAGCAUCCGAGAUUUCAAUCUGGCUGAGAAGUACUAUGUUCAAGGUGGACAGCCUCGCAAAGCCUUUGACAUGUACACACAUUCCAACCGCUGGUAUGAAGCUCACAAGGUUGCUGACGCUUGCAAUCUGUUGGAUGAUGUCCAAGGUACUUUCAUAGCGCAGGCUGACACACUGGCGGGUCAGGGCCGUUUCAAGGAAGCGGAGAAGUUGUACAUCACUGUGAACUCACCCGAGCUGGCCAUUGCUAUGUACAAGCGUGCCAAGAAGUAUGACAAGGUCAUGCGUCUGAUCAAACACUACCACCCUGAGACGGUGGCGGAUACGCAUGGCCUGCUUGCUGAGGAAAUCGAGGCGGACAAGCACUUCAAUGUGGCUGAGCAACACUUUGUGAAGAGUGGUGAGAAUGGAUGGAAGAAAGCUAUUCAGAUGUACUGUCGCAAUGAGAUGUGGGAAGAUUCACACAGGGUGGCUAGAGAGCAUGGCGGAGAGGAAGGUGGCAAUCAGCUGGUUUAUCGCUGGGCAAAACACCUUGGUGGUGAUUCAGCGAUAAAACUCCUCACCAAGUUCAACCUCCUGGAAAGUUCCAUUGAUUUCGCUUGUGACAAUCAGCACUUCGACUUUGCUUUUGACAUUGCAAAGAUGGCUGUUAAAAGCAAGCUGGGAUCUGUUCAUUGCAAGUACGGAAAUAUUUUGGAGGACGAGGGCAAGUAUGACGAGGCCGCUGAGCAUUUCAUUACUGGUGGUCAGCCAAAGGAGGCAGUGCUAAUGUAUGUGCACAGUCGUGACUGGGAGGCUGCCCAGCGUGUGGCUGAGGAGCACCAUCCAGAAAGUCUUACUGAUGUGCUACUAGGCCAAGGUCGCAAUGCAUUUGAAGCGAAGGAGUACACCAAGUCUGAGGCAUUCCUAUUACGCGCUCAACGGCCGGACAUGGUUGUCAAAUAUUACAAGGGAGCUGGUAUGUGGCAAGAUGCUCUGAGAGUUGCUAAGGAGUAUAUGCCGAAGAAAGCUCUUGCUCAACUUCAAAAGGAGUACGACCAGUUUAUGAACGCCCAGGGACCAAGGUCAGCUGAAGAGAUGCUGGCACCAGCACAGGCCUGGGAGCAGAGUGGCGAUCAUGAACAAGCUAUACAGGCGUAUUUGAAGAUCACAUCCGAACAUACUCCGGAUACCUCUCUGCUACUGCAAGUCUGGACUAAGGCGGCAGAGCUAGCUGUGAAGUUCAUGCCCGACUCGGCCAAGGGAGUGUCCAUGAUUGUUGCAGAGAGAUUGGCUGGUGUAGAGCUGUACCAAGAGGCGGCUGAGUACUACCUGCAAGUGGAGGACUAUCGACAGGCUAUCGACAUGUUCAUUCAGGUGGAGAACUGGAAGAAAGCGCGUCGCGUCGCCAAGAAACUUGCUCCAGAUCUGAUGGAGUAUGUAGAUCAGGCACAUGGUCAGUUCUUGGAGCAGAAGGGUGAUGCCAAGGCACUGGUGAAUGUGGAUGCCAUUGCUGGUUUGGACAUGCUGGCAACGCAAGGAGAAUGGGAGCAAUGUAUUGAAAUGGCCAAGCAGAAGGGAUCUGCGGUGCAUGAGAAGUACGUAGCUCGCUUUGCUGCUCAUCUUAUUCUAGAGCAAAACAAACCAACAUCCGCACUGACAUUGUUCAAGAAGGAGGGUGCACCGCCUAAGCCACAGAACUUCAAGUGCUAUGAAGAAAUGGCCCGUGGUAUUCUCGGCCAGGCCAUGAAUACCUCGUAUCGUAUAGUGGCUGACCUGCGUGAUGUCCUUCUCACUGUGAUUCAAAAUAUCCCAAGUAACGUCAAGCUGAGCUAUGAGGCGCAGGUGAAAACGCUGCACACCUACCUACGCAUUGCUCACUACUUUGCCCUACGUUGUGCCUGCCUUAGUCAAGUUGGACUGCAAGCCAUCAGUCUCAAGUUGACUACUGCCAUGGUGCGCUACACUGACCUGCUUGCAGCUGAUCGCAAAUACUGGGAAGCUGGAAAGAAACUUCGAGAGGCCGGACAAGAUGGCAUGGCGUUUGUCUUCUUCAAUCGUCUUCUGGACAUAUGUGAUGUGAUUGAUGGUACGCUUGAUCAACUAAGUCCCACGGAUGAUUUUGAUGAGACGGAUAUACCAGAAGAGGUUUCCCUGCCGUCUACCUCGUGCCUCACGAAAGAAGAACGCAGCGAGAUCAGUGACUGGGUUGUCAGCGUAUCAACAGAGCAAACUGUAACUCAAGCCCUUGCAUUGGACGAUCGCGGUGUCUAUGAGGCAUCGUUGUUAAAUGCCACCACAGGUCAAGCCGAUCUUGCCUGCAUCAUCACUGGGUAUCCUGUGAUAAAGCAACAAGUGGAGUUCAACAAUCAGCUGGGACUGGUCGCUGACAAAGAUCAUUGGAACAAGUUUGUGAUGCAGACUAAGUUGACCCACAGUCCUGAGUGCCAGGAUGUAGUUCAGUUCAUCAAGCGCUGGUGCGGAUCGUCAACAUCCACCUCCUUCAAAUUCAAGUAACAGCGGCGCAAGAGCAGCAUGUACGUUAGUGUUCUGGUAUCAGAAGUCUGUAGGAGCUGCACUGUGUAUGUGCUCACCGCCCAACAAUAGUAAUACAUUGACUCAUGCGCACCCGCAUGCGUAGAUGCCUGGAUGCGUGGACCUUUGUCAGUCUGGUAUGCUGCAGCCCUGCCUGUGACUGUGCUGUUCUUGUUUUGCUUCACGUGCACUCAACUACACUGCACCCUUGUUGUCAACUACACUGUACCCUUGUUAUCUGUACCACAAUACACACUAGAGGUAGUAGAACAGGGGAGUGUUUCAGUCUCAGAGCAGGUACAGGUAUGUUAGUAUUCAACGAUCCACUUCAAAGUAGGUAUUGUUUCAUGUUUAUCAUGUUGGCGAGGGGAAAGAAUUUAUUUGUCUUUUCGUGAAUGGAUUUCUAUUUUCAAUAUCGAUUAUUCAGCUUUUUUUAUUGCCCUAUGCUUGCCCUAUGUUGUUACUUGGGGAAGCGCUUGGCUCUAUCUUGUCUUUAAAAUUUAAAAUGACUAUUACAAUAUUUGACGUAAUUGUGUUCUUCAAAGUUGUGAAUGCCAGAUAUGGAGGAAAAAAAUAACGCUAACCAUUGUGUAUCUGUGCUAAUCGAGAGUGCCUGUAGCUCUAGUGUUUUGUCAGGAUGAUGCUGGCAAGGGGUAUCAAUGACUGGCAAUAGCAUGUCUGGAAAUAGGAUGUGAUGGGAUACAGAAACAAAUCCAAGAACCAUA